AAAUAUGGUAUAUUCAUCGAUGGAUAAGCAAAAAAUAAUUCAUGAAAAAUAGUAAAAAGUGUUAUUUUCCAUUCGAUUUUCGUCAACAAAAACAUUUUUUGCAUUGCAAAUGAAUUACAGUGACUGUAUUUGUUUGAGAUUUGUAUUGAUUUAAAUUCGAGAAAAAAGCAAAAUUGUAAUUUGAGUUUUUCGUCGACAUAAAGCAAUAGGCACGAAAAAAGGCUGGCGAGCGAGAGAAAAAAAAAUCGAAGCGAAACAAGCACAGCAACAUCGAAUUGAGUAGUCAAACAUUUAAGUGUGAGCAAGACAACAAAUAAGUAUCAAGAACAAAAGUCAAUUUAAUGUGCUUUGAAAAAUAAAUCGCAACAUUGCAAUUUGAAAAAGCUAUACUACUUUUCCCGCUAGCUGAUAAUAAAAAAAAUCGCUGAAAAAUAAUAUUUUAAGAUAUUAUAUGAACUUUGAAGCUUUACGAACGCGCAUUAUAUUUAUUCGUUUACGUAAAAAGGAUAAAGAAUGAACGUAAGUCAUACUGAAGGUACCCAAAUGGAUCACACUUUUACCUUCGUUUGAUUUUCAACUAAUUUUCUUAUUUGGCUGGUGCAGAAUACCACUUCUUGCCAGUUUGAAUAAAGAGAAAGUUCAUAACAAACACCAAAAGAGAAUUUCAACGCCAACUUUUGCAUCGUAAAAUUUAUAAAUUGUACACUUCUUCAAUAAACAUAGUGAAUGCAUAUCGCUGAGGUCUUAAAGAUUUUCAUAAAGGAUACUGAUUUGUGAACAACUUUUUUUUUGGAAAAUGGACCAUAACGAAGAUUUAAUUGUCGAUGAUAUUUGCAUUGAAAAUACGCACCAUUCAUCCGAAACGACAAAAGAUGAGGACGAAGAGGAAGACAAUGCAACAGAUGAACCUUCUGAAUUGAUACCAACCACAAUGUUAACACCACCGCCAACCGGUGAACCGUUAUUAAAUGGUUCAUCACGGAGUAGCACAAGUGGAAAUGACAUACAGCAAGAUUUCACAGUCGAUGAACUAAUACAACAAUCUCCGGUUUUAUCACAUCACACCGACGAAGGUAAUUCAAAUCAAAGUACGAAUAGUGAUUCGGUUGAUACAAAGUUGAUUAUAAACGAAGGUUCGAUCGACUCGAGUGAUAUAAGCAAUACAGUUGAUGAUAAAAUGCUUAAAAUAUCGACCGAUGUUCAUGGAGAUGACGAUGUUCAAUGUGAAACGACAUUUCUACCCGUGGUCGAAACAAAUCAAAUCGAGGAAACAUUUGAAGUUGAGAACCAAAUUUCCGACCAAGUGAUAUUAAAUGCCGAAUGUUCUUCAAUAGAGGAUGUGAAAGAGAACGAAACGUUACCUCCGUGCAACAAUGCUGAUGUGAAUUCAAGGCCUGAACCACUUGAGCAAGAUGCGGCUGCAUCACUUGAGCAUGAACAAGAUCACACAGAAAAAAUCACAUGUCGAACGGAAAACCAUCAGUUUCACGAUGAUGUGGAAGAGUGUAUGAAUGUGCCAUCAGAAUCGAUGAACGGCGUUGCAUGUGAAAAUAAUGAACAAACAACGAGCCAUCAAUUAGCAAAUGAAAUAAAUGCCGAACACAGGCAACAUAAACGAAAACGCUCCGACUCCGAUACGGAUCCGUAUGAAACGGCGCAAAAACAAAUGAAAUUGAACAAUCAAACAAAUAGUAUAGUAUUAAUUGAUAAUCAAAUAGCUGUAGAUGAUUCAUUAUCGAAUUGCACGGUUAAUCCCAAUCAAAUAACCGACAAUUGUGAUAAUUUUAUCAAUUCCGUUGUUCAAACAAACCAUAAUUUACCAAUGGUGCUUGCGAAAUCACAAGAGAAUGCCGAUGAAAAUUUUGACAGUGAGCUACCGCACGAUGAACUAUUGUCCAUGACCAAAGAUAAAAACAUCAAUGAAUUUGGGCAUAUUUAUAUGAACGGUCAUACAGCCACCAAAGUCGAUACAAUUUCAACAAUUGAAGCACCACAAGCAGAGUACAAGCAACACGAACAGCCACAACAACAAUUGAAAUGCAACUCAAUAUACGAUCUAGACGACAAUAUUCAAUCACAUGCAUUAACACCGAAAAUGAGUAGUCCGUUAGUGACGUUGCCGAAUGAAAUUCCAUCAUGUGAUAAUAGUGAACAACCGGGGCAAGAUAUACUCACCGAAAAGGUGAAAGAACACUUUCAAGACGAUUGUAUGGUGGAACAUUUUUCAAAAACAACGGUACCGCUUGAUACCUACAAUAUUACAACAAAUCCAGCACAAAUGCCCUGCAAUUAUGAUAAAAUAUCGAAUACAACGCUGAACAACAUGAAUAAUAUAAGUAUUAGUGAUAGUAGCACUGCAUUUAUUGGGUGCAUGCCUGGUGGUAGAAAAUCAACGACGAAUGUGUCAAUUAAUGUGGCCAAUGAAAUGAUAAUCCAGCCCAGCCGAACAAUUACGCCGUCUCAUACACAAUCGGACGACGCAAAGAAAGUAAAUACUCAUAUUCGCAUUCGACGACAAGUGUUUCUCUGUUCGGCGUGCGGUACCUACUAUGAAAAAUGGAAUCUUUUUUAUCAUAUUCGUGAGGUGCACAAUAAAUUCAUUUGUUUGUUUGAAAAUUGUUUGGGCAUUUUUCCAAAUGCCGAACGUUUGGUUAACCAUUUGGAAUCGAAGCAUGUUCAUAAGCCAUUUGUUUAUGAGCAUAAAGAUGAUCUGUUGCGAUCGUUGCGCAAUCAAUGUUUUCUCAUGUGUUGCGUUUGUGAGCAUAUAUUCACUGAAAACGAUGAUGUUACAGCACAUUCGUGCGAAACAUUCAUGAAACCGUGUUCGGUUUGUGGACUCAAAUUUAUUCACAAAAGCAAUUGUAGCGCUCUUAUUUCAAGUAAAUCAUCUAAGCAUAAACAUAAACGUGCCGCCAUUGCAUUAAAUCCAAUUCAACCGGUGAUGCCAAGUUCGGUGCAAAGCAAUAGUAUAAAUAAUAUUUCACAACAAACGUUCCUACGCAAUGCACUAUUGGGUCAAGAACCACGAACCAAUCACUAUGCUGAUUAUCAAAGUUCACCGGGCGUUGCACAAAUCCCAAUGUUUGAUCACAGACUGAAUAGUUUACUUCCACCACACCAUCUUCAUCAUCAAACACAAUCACAACCACCACCACCACCACCACCACAACAACAACCAGUUCAGAUGGCACCGAUGACAACAACAAUGAAUGGAAAUAUUUCACAUUCACCUCUGGCAUCGAAAUUGUACAUAGGACCCAAUGAAUCGCUCACUAACUUCUAUAAUCCAAAUGUAUUGCCAAAUAAUAACGCAAACAUCUAUCAAACCAACCAUGUGCCGUAUCAAAAUUUGCCGAAUGGACAAUAUGUGCAUAGUAGUCAAUUGGAUACAAGAUAUUCAACACCAAAUACAAAUUUCGGCACUGGUUUGAAUGUUCCGACCAAAUCCGAUUUGGACUUCGAAAAAAGGCCGGUGUCGGUUGGAAAAACUGUUAAUCAAAAUCAAAGUAAUAGCAACAGUGAAAGUAGCUCAGACAGCGAUGAUACAAACAACGAUAGUGAUUCGAGCAGUGCCGAUUCAGAUGCAGAAAAUGAAAACAAGGAAAAUGGCCCGAAACGUGUAAUCAAGCCAUUCCGAAUAAAUUUGAACAAUACCAAGAACAAUAUCCAGACGGGUAAACAAUUAUCUUAUGUCGAUGAACAAAAUGAUAGCCCAAAUGAAGGUGAUAGCUUCGAAAAUGACAACAAUUUAACAAACGAUCUGAACGAUAAUAAAUGUCAUCCGAACAUGUCAGAUAUAACCAACAUACAAAUGCAACUAGACAGCAUUCAGCAACAAAUGCAUGCAAUGCAGAGAACCGAAGAAUCACAAACAUCAUUGAAAGUACCAAAACUAAAACUUAAGCUAUCGCAACCGUUUCAAAAUCCUGUUGAAUCUGAGCAAUCGUCAACUGAAAGUGAUAGCGACAGCGAAAAUGAAAAUGAUGACGACGAAAAUGUGUCAAAUGAGCAUGGCAAUACAUCGAAUGAUGUUAAUUUGAAUGAAACAGUAUUGGAAUUGGAGCAAUCAUCAUCAGUUGUACAGCCGAAUGCCGACGUACACCAUUAUUCAUAUAAUGUAAAUGAAAGCACAUCAAACACCAACCGCAUUGCCAACAGCUAUGAUGAUGGUUUGAACGAAAGCAUAAACGAAAGUGGUUCAUCGGGCAAAAAUACAUCGAUCGAGUUAGAUGAGAAUAUCGAAUCUGUCAAAAAUAAUGAAUAUCCAGCAUUACAGGAAGUACCAACACCGAUGCAUAGCGCCGAUCUGAGCCACUUGAAUGAAAUGCAAAUUUCACCCGAAAUUCAAUCGAUACAGGAACAAAUAACAGACAUGAGACAAACAAAUGUUGCUCAGGAUGUAAAUAACAUAACAAAUAUAAAUGAAAACUAUUAUUCGACAUUGGAACAUAAUCAAAAUGUAAUGACUCCACCCGAUAGCAUUUUGGACGGUCAAGCCGGAGUUGAAAAUGAAAAUCAUACCGGAGCUGCUGCAAAUGCACCAGAUGUGAACGAAGAAAAUCAAGAGCAAGUCAAUGUUGAUAUUGAUGUUGAUGCCGAUGUUCCGGAGACUAUGGAAGAUAAACGUCCAAUAACUGAAUUCAUAUUGGAUCAACCGUUGGAUUGUAUUCCAAUCACAAGUUUCCUUCAGAAAUGUUUACAAUUCACCUAUCCAAGUUGUUUGUAUUGUAAUCAUGCACGAUCGAUUGCAGUUAGUGGUGUUAGUCUUGCCGAGCAUUUAAUUGGAGAACAUCGAUUCAGUGCGACGGUAGACAGCAUUACCGCAGAAGAGCUGUCGCCCGAAACAAUUGAGCAAAAAAUUACGACCGGCCUGGAUGAAUUGGCCGAUACGUGUUUCAACAUGGAUACAUAUGAUAGUCAAAAUGUCGAUCCAAACUAUCAAUAUGUGAAACAAUUUGAAUGUUUCCAAUGCCGUUUUUAUAGUCCAAUUUACAAAGAUCUUUAUUUACACAAUCGGAAAAUGCAUUUGAGAUCGGCGCUUAUUUGUUUAAUGUGUCGAUCGAAUUUUUACAGUUAUAGCGAGCUCGUAUGUCACAUGUGUCCGGGUGCUCAAACCAAAUUGAUUCCCAUCGAUUUAAAAUUUCGUUGUGUUUUGUGCAAUUUAGGCGAUAUACCGUCAGCCUUUCGUUUAAUGGUGCAUUUGCGUAAGAAGCAUUCGGCAUGCGAUGUUUGCCUCGAAGAAUGCAGCGAUCAAAGUAAAUUAUCGUGUCAUGUAUGGAAACAUAAAUUACAUCAUCUAUGCUAUCGAUGUAAUAUUACGUAUCGCAAUAAAGCCGAUAUAACACGGCAUUUAUUCUGGAAGCAUGGCACCGAAAGUGUCAUGUGCAAACGAUGUCUUGAAAAGAAAUGGCCGCACGUUUAUCAUUUCUGUGUUCCGCCCGCAUCAUUCAAAUGUGAAAUAUGUAAUUUAACCUUUUCAAAAGCACUUGCGCUCAAAGUGCAUAAACGUUUACAUGAACCGGAAAGCAUUUCUUAUGCAUGCACGCUUGACGAUUGUGAUCAGAAAUUUGUGUCGAAGAAGCUUCAGAUUAAGCAUAUUUCGCUACACUAUAUGCCCGAACUUCCUCCACCAUCUGAAGAGAAGCUGUUCAACGAAGAAGUCGAAAUUGUCUCACUAAGAGAUUCAUCACAAGGUGUUUCUUCGCGAAUUAAUUCACCUUCGAAUUCGCCGAGUAGAAAUUCAACGAAAGAAAUUGAACAAGAAGCUCCAAUUGAUGCGGUUAUUAGUGUCAUUGAGCAUGAUGCACGGGAACGAGAAGAAAAGGAAAAGUUGCUUAAACAAGGAACGUCAAAUGAUCGAAACGAAUUGUCGGGCGAACGUCAAAAUCAAAAGAAUAAAUCGAGAAAAUUGAAAAAGAAUCGUUCCGAUUUUAGUGAUUUGUUGAAUUUACCAACCGUUAAUUUAUCGGAAAGUGAUAGCAGUGAAGAUUCUGAUGCUGAGAGCAAUGCACCACAAGAUCCAUCUGCUGAAAAUUCAAGACAUUCACUGUCUUCAUUACCAGCUCUGCCGCAUGAAAUUCCAACAACGAAAUUGAAAACCGCUGCCGAUGACGAUGACGACAAAGCUGUGAUGCUCGAGGCUGAUAUAUGGGAAAACUUUAAAACUUAUCAAGCCAAUCAAAUGCAAGACAAAACAUUGGAGCAUGCCGAUGAAGAUCGAUUAGUUGCUGAGAAUCCGGUAUUGUUACAUGUUAGCCAGUCCGAUCAUGAUUAUCCGAUGAUGUAUAAGCCGCUCGUAAAGAAAUCAAAAGUAUCGAAUGUCGAACAUAUACCAUCGUUUGCACCAAUUAUUGAGGAAAAUGAAAAGGGUGAAAUAAAAAUUACAUUGGUUGCACCCGAACCACAACCGGCCACCACAAAUUUGGAUACACAAUCAUCGGCAUCGUUGCCAGUCCAGUCAACUGUAACCAUUACCGACGGUGAAGUAUUACCAAAUGCUGAAAGCGAAAAUGUUGUCGAACAUACAGACCAAAAAGUAAGCCCCGGCAAGGAGUUGAAGAAAGAGAAAAAAGCCGACGAAAGUGAUUCGUCUUCGGAUUCAAGUGACUCGGAUUCAAGUUGUUCAUGUGGAUCGAAUUGUAGUUGCAGCUCAAGCAGUAGUUCAUCAAGUAGUUCUAGCUCUGAUUCUGGCAGCGAUAGCUCAAGUUCAGCGGAAGGAAAACGUAAAAAAGUGCUGACAAAAACUCGAAAGACACCCGAACGUAUGACAACAACACCGGAAAGAAAAUCACCAACAAAUUUCGAUGCUGAACCAAAGUUGGAAGUGAAUGAAGAUCAACCAAAACAAGAAGUAUCCACUGAAGAAGAUCCAGCGAUCAAUUUGAAAUCGACAAUUGAUGAAAAUGAUGCUGAAGGACAACGUGACGAAUCUGAAACGAUUGACGUUGGAAAGCCAUCUGAUAUGGAAGUUGUGGACGUUGUUACAACAUCGAAUGAUCUAAAAGUCAUGACACAACCAAACAUCUAUACAAUGAUAGUUGAAUCGGAUUUAGAAACAACGGAAUCCGAAACAGACGAAGAGUUCUACGAUGAGCAUCCACAAAAGCUUGCAAUUCAAAUGUUGGCAGAAAAACGACAACAAUUGAUGUUGCAAACAUUAAAUCCGGUCAAUGGCAUGCCAUAUAUGAGCACAACAAGUCGUCCAUCGACUCCAUUACUGCCCGAAGAACAGCUGGCCAGAGUGCAAAAAACGAAGACCAAAAAACGACGUCGAACUCAUAAAAAUUCGCGUUCACCACAGAAACAAGCAAAUAUUUUAAGACCCAAUCCGUAUGAAUGUCAUCAAAUUUCACAAAAUACAAUAUUACCCGUCCAAUCCCCAAUGGAAUCAACGACAAUGGCGUUAACAUCAUCGCUAACAACAAUAUCGGAAACAAUAAGUCCAUUCAUCACAUCACAAAUUGACGCACCACCACAUAUGAUCAAUUCAAAUUUGAAUAUAUUACAACCAAUCGCAACGGCAACACCAAUCGAUUCACUUCCCAAUAAUAAUAUUCCGGCCACUCUACCACCACAUAAACAACAUUUAAUGCGAUUGAGCACAAGCAGUUGUUCGGAUGCCGAUAAUCCGCUAAAACGAUCAAAACGUCGCCGAAUACCAAAUAAAUUUUAUGGCUAUACCAGCGAUGAAGAGAGUAUGUCAACAGCAAGCACACUCAAUACAAGCUAUCAAAAUCCAUUCAAACCAACACCACCGCCAAAUCUAACAUGGAGCAAAGAAGAUUUGCCGAAACCAUCAUCGAAAAACAAUCGAACUGGAACAUUGAAAAAUAUUUUGCGACUAUCUAAAACGGGAACAAAAACACCAAAUCAACGCAAAAUACCGUUGAAAGGAACACCAAAAUCGACACCUGGCACCAAAAAUCGUACAUUGGCAAAGAUAAAAGAAAAAAUGCGAAUGUCAUCAUCAACACCAACGAUUCCAAAAAUUAUAAUUCGCGGUAUUCCACGGCCGCCGAAUCAGACAAAAUAUUCAACACCCAAUCAUUCGAACAAUGCAAUACGGGUUCCACCAGUUAUGUCAUCACCAAAAUUAAAUUCGGAUCAAUACGAUGAUCAGACAUCGGACAGUGACUCGGAUGGACAAUUACACAUUAGUCAAACAUCAUCACGAAUCAACUUUAAUAAAUCGAUUGCUGGCGAUAAUGAUAUGGAUAAGUCAAUCAAGACCGGAUCGCAAACACAUCAGAUGCCCUUCAUUCGACCAGAUCAUACGCUUUUACCACCAAAACGAUUUUCAUUAUCUCCAUCACCGCCACCACAAUCAUCUGCACCGCACACACCAUUCGUUUUAAGCCAACAACAUUCACAAAAUGAACAAUUAUCAUCGCAUCUAUUAAUGUCUUCAAUGCAACAGCAGCCCAUAUUCAAUGGCAUUCAACAUAAAUCGAAACAAGAAAGUGCAAGAAAUGAUAGUAAUUUAUAUUGUUACUGCCGUCGACCAUACGACGAGAUGUCAGAAAUGAUCGCUUGCGAUGCUCAAAACUGUUCAAUCGAAUGGUUUCACUUUGAAUGCGUCGGUAUUAAAGCGACUGACAUCAAUCCACAAGACAAAUGGUUCUGUCCGCAAUGUCGUCAAGCACGUAACACAACACAUAAUAACUAUUUGACAUCAAAUAAUGUACUAAACAAUACAAAUUCGAAUCACUAUACACCGAAAUCAUUAGAUUUGGUUUAGAUAUGAAUUCCAUCAAAAUACAUCAGGUAUGAAGUAUGAAGAAGCAAAAAAAAACCACCACUACUGGUUCUGUGAUAAAACAUCGAUCGUAUCGUAGCGUAACAAAUCUGCCGCAGCUUAAAUAUGGAAGAAUAUUGUUUUUGUCAUGACAUGAUAUUCACCCUCAUGUUUUAUGACAAAUAAUAACAAAAGUGUAGAGUUUAUUUGAUCGGAGUAAUGUAUGCAGCAGCACUACCCAAAAUUACAUUCAUCAAAUCGUCACUCACUCAUAUAUUUGCAUUAAAAAAAAAUCAAUUUCAAGGCAUAUGAAGUAAUACUUGAAGAAAUUUCGAACUUCGAGAAUUUUCGAAAGAUUACUAUACAAUUUCAAUAAUAAAAUCAUUUUGUUUUUUUUAGACACAAUUUUACCACAUUGUGAAAAUGGUUCAAUAAUAUAAUUUUCAUAAUUUCAAUAAUAAUAUGCGACAUGAAUGUUUAUUAUAAUGAAUAAUUUGACAAUUUGUUUUAAAUUCACGAAAAAAGUAACAAAUUUAAUGCAUUUCGAUUGAUUAAAGUCAUCAAUUUUAAGCGGAUUUAAUACAAGACACAUUUCUUGGAUAUUCAAAAAAAAAAACUCAAGAAAUUCUUUCAUUUUUCAACAGUAAACAAGUAUUUACUUAACAAAAAAAAUAUGUCUCUUUUCGCUAUUCAACAUUAAACAAAAAAUUUCAUAAAAUUUUCUAAAAAUGGAGUGCUGGUGAAUUGAAACACAUUCAGCUACAUAUUCAAUCUCUAAAUCAUAAACAAAAUAAUAUUGCUGAUAAAAAAAAAAAUAGAAAAUACCGAAACG